GGAUUUCAUGGGGGACGGUUACCAACAGCUUGUUGGUGGCUUUGUUGGUCAGUACUUUUAACUAAUGUGUUUUGUGCGACCAUAGAAAAUCUCAAGUACUCAUAGAAGCUCAGACACAUACACACCGGCUCCCUCAUAUGAUCUACUUAAAGUGUGCACUGCAAGAAAAAAGUAAUACUAAUAUGGAUAUUGAACUGCUACUAACUAAAAUAACUAAAUCCGAAACUUAGCUAAUUUACCUUCAGAAUUUAACACCAAAUACUUAAAGCAUACUUGAUGCUUAACUAGAACUCCUUAAAAAAGUUAACCCUUAUUUUUUUGAGUGUUGAACCGCAAAGGGUGUUGGUGUAAAAAAGGGGAGCUUAUAUAGCCAGUCUGGGGCUCCUUCAGUUUCGGCUCCUGACUGCAUAAAAUAACCGCAUAAAAUGUCGUUAAGUAUAACGAAAUUGAGUCUGCACAUAAAUUCAGAUUAUGAGAUUAAAAUGUUGUGAUUUUCGCACAUAGAAACGAGGUUUGGGUUGGCCAGCAAACCCUUUUUUUCUCGACGAUGAAACCCAAAAAAUGAGCUCUCAAAUAUUUUGGGUGGAAAAUGCGAUGGAAUAAGCAGUGGCUGCCCCAUCAAAAGUGGCAACAACAUCAACAGCAGGCAAGUCAAUGUUAUGAGUUUAUAUCGCCCUUUUGCCCCGAAGCAUAAAUUUAUGAAAAAGCAACAUUGCGGAGGCACAGUGGAAUGAAUCGGAUGCAAGUAUCUAAAUCAUAUAUCAGAUGGCUUGAAGAACUUAUAGAAUUUGCUUAAGCCACUUAAAAAUGUUUAAUAUAUGUAUAUAGCAUAGAUUAAGUGGGAAAUAUUUACAAGCAUUUCGUUCAAAUAAAAUGCAUUCCGCUCCACUGUCCAUCUGAUGAAUAAUAAAGAAGUUGCGGUUCUGGCCGGCGAUCAAAGUCAAAUAUUUGGUUUGGAUGUUUACAAAUUGGGUCAGCUGGUCAUUUGGCCUGGCCUCCAGCCGAACUACAGCUCCUCUUCGAAUGUCUGGUUUUCACCCCCUUCGCUGUGAAUUUUCCAGAAAAUACAGGCCGUGGAUCUCAGCUGUCGCUUCAUUAUGACGCUAAUUGCCAGGACAUGCCGGCCAAAGGAUUAGCAACACGUAAACCGAACAGCACAGCAUUCGAUGAGACAGCAAAAACCAGGACGAGCUAGAGCAUGAGAGAACUCCAUGGAAGAGUCGCUCCACUCAUAAACAUUUUAGUUUGACUUAAUCCGGUUAUAUAUCCGGAUUAGCAACCAUGAGUGCCACGAAGGUGUAUUUUUUUCGCUACUCCCGAGAACUUUACGACACUUUUUAGGUAAUGAAUGGGAUUACAUUUUUUUAAUCCACCACCACCCGCUGGCUGUAAAAAAAUUAGUGCCGAAAAAAACAGUGCAUUCAGGUCAGUUUUCGUUCUGGGAAACCGAUUGACCUGCGGCCGUGGGUCUUAUGAAUGGGCAGGUCAGGAAAAACGAUUGCGUAUAAAAUAAGCCGGCCACUCUGAUGCAACCAGCAAACGGAGUCAAGCAACCACACGGUCAAGAUGUGUCUCAUAGAGCAAAAGAAGGAAGUUAAGGAUAACUGCAAGGAGAAUCCUACCCAGAACUCGGUGGAUUCAUCACCAAAGUCACCCACCGCCGCAUACGCAAUGUUUUUGCACCGCGAAGAGCUGAGGAGGAGAAAACUCCAUGUCUCUCGGGUUUCAGUCACCAAAAUUCACCUGACCAGCGAGCUGAUCGCUCAAACCAAGCAGAAUAUACGGCAGUGCAGCUUCGAGGAUCUGGAGAUUCUGGCCAGGGAGACGCUCUUCAAGAAGAAUCUGCAAAGAAAUCUUUACUAUCGACGCAUGCACAUCCAUCAACUGAUGUUAAGCAAGAAGAAACAGCAGGCCAAGGACAAAAAGUGAAGUUAUGAACAAUGUUAUUUAGUAUAAGAACAGCAUAAGUGAUUUUUACAUUUAUAAAUAUUAUAAGCUUAAAUUAAGACAAUAAAACACUUUGAAAAUUGCAAAAGCCUUAAUUGAGGAUAAAUGGAGCAAAGUGAACACAUAUUCCUUCUAAAGAAACAUCCUUUGAAUUCAUAAAUAUACUGCUUUCCACUUUAAGUAAAUGAACUCACCCAUUUACAAUCAAGAAUAUCUGAGAUACAGUCGAAAAGAUAGAGUUUAACCCAAACUAAAACUUAAAUUAAACUUCAGUCAUUUGUGAAAGCCAAAGUGACGGGGCACAUUCACAUCUUAUCUUUGCCCCGGCAAAAGUGCAAUUUCCCAUUUAAAUAUUUGAUUAUGUAUACGUAUUCGCCCAGUCGUAAUUGUCAGAGAGCAAAGUGUCGGCGUCGACCUGCACUUGUAAUGGGUGUAAAAACAAAUUUGCACAUGAUUACCAAAAAACCCGGUCGGCGAAACUGCGAACAUUUAAUACAACUCAAACAAAAUGGGGCGUUGCAUAAAUUUGAACAGGCCAAAGGGGGUUGUAGAAAAAUGCUUGCCUUUUUAGACUACAUAAAUUUUAAUUAAAUGUCACUCAUACGCCAUGUACGCCAAGCACAAUGUGUGUGUGUGCGUGCAACGGAGUGCUGUUUGCUGCGAUGGUGUGAGUGCUGUGUCUGUGAGUGGUGCGACAAAUGAAUGCACAUGAAAGUGGCGCACGAAUUACACUUUAUUGAACAGCAGGAGCCAGGACGAAGGGGGGUACACAGGACGAAGGACGAAGGACAAUGGCGACGAGAGUGGAGCUCAUCUAAAGCGAAGCGUAAAACAAAGCAGGACAGCAAGGAGUCCGAAGGGUUUUCGCCGCUCCGCAGCUGUGCGUUUUUCGCAAUUUUCCACAAAUUUAUUUUAUGGCUGCUGCCAAAUAGUUGCACAAAAAUAAACUCUUUUUUAAGGUCCUUAUUAUAUAGGUAUCAACAUUUUUUGACGCGUUAAAUUUGAAUUUAGAAAUGUCAUGUACAAAUAUUUUCAAAGUAAUAAUAGCUUCGAUAUUAUAAACUCUAGGAAAACUAGGAACAUUUUUCUAUUCACUUUCAGUAUGCAAUUAAAUAUGAAUUUUAAUAAUUUUCUAGAAUUCAGGAUAGCCUUGUUUUAUUCCAGAAAAGGAAUCAAGUAAAAUGGGUACAGCCACCAAUUUUCUUAUUUUUUGGCAGCUAGUUCUAAUUAUUACUUUUUGGCCAACUUUUUUGCGACUUUUUGUGUGUCUAGUAGCAGUUUGUUUGUUUCCAUUGGUGGCGAAUCUGCGGCGUUUCCUUUUUCGUGCAUUUUCAUUAAACUUUUACAGCAUGCAUUAUUCAUGUUCUACAACAAUUGCUAUUGUAAAUUUGGAAAAUAGAAGAAAAUUUCGCUUUCCAGUUCACUGGCACUAAUGAAAACCCAUCAGGAGCAGCAACAUCUUUCGCUGCCACUCGAAACUUUUACAAUAAUUUCAACAUAUGCGUCUGGCCUUCUUGACAAAUUAACUCAAGUGCGCAAUGAAGUGUUUAUUGUGCUGGAAAAACUUUUUUUUUUGGCGUCCAUGCUGAGCUCAAGGCGUGGUCACGAAAAAUCAGGAUAUGCGCAAGGAUAUACGCGUGUUUACAUACUUUUUUUCCAACAAUCGAACGGAUAGAGAUGGCAUUAUUAAUCAUUAAAAAGCUGAAAUAUAUUAAUAGCAAUGAUAAUAUAUAUUUAAAUGUUAAAUCUGAUAAAUAAUUUUAUUUCAAAAUUAUAGAUUUAAAGUGAGUAGAAUCAAAAAAUCUUUAUAAUUGGCUACUUAACAUUUUAUUUUUAUUUUUACGGAAAAUAGAUUUGGGUAUUAACUUCUCGAAUUAAUAUAUUUUAAAUUUAUAAACUGUUUAUAAAAAAGUAAAAAUAAUGCCACCACUGAAAGCACUGACUGAACGUAAUCGUCAUGCUGGCUUAAAGCAAUUUGUUAUUAAUUUCCGCGUUGAAAAGUUGAAAAAAGCAAACUUUUUCUUUGCUUUGUUUCGGCUCUUUCGCUUUUCCCUAUAUUUUCCUCAUAUUUUCCCGAACUUUCCAUCUCUUUUCCGCUGCCCCAGUGCGUCUCAAUGCCACUUGGCAUUCAUUUAAUGCGAAAAGUUAUUGUCGUUUUUCGUUCUUGUUGUUGUCGCUUGUGUGUUGCCACAUUAAAACAUUGCCCAUAAUAGUUAACAAGGCAUUUGCUUGUUGACCAUCGACCAAAUGACCGGCAAAACUUGUGCUUACAUUGUUCAACAUGUGUAAUAAAUAUAUAUUUCCACCACCACCCUUCCAAAAUGAAUGUCCAUAUAUUUAUGUGCGUUCGUUAAAAUAUAAUACAUAUAAGUUAAUACAUAAAGGGAAAAUAAAAAUAAUGCAAAGCAUUUUGAACUAUAAACAUUAAUUUCAUUUUAAAUAUAUAUCACAUUUUUCAAUGAUAAAAUUUGUCCUUCUCAAAUUAAUUUCUUAUAUUAAAUAUCAAUUGUUUUUAUGAUUGUCAUUACAGCUAUUCAAAAGUAGUGUUUAAUAAUAAAACAAAUAUUUUGUAAAAUAUCUCAUAAAAUAGCAACAUUUUUCACCAGGUAAUAAAUUGGAAUUUUCCACCUUUGUGCGAUGAGUUGGCAAAGUUCGUC